AUGGUUUUGAAACGAAUAAGCUGUGCUGCGAAUAAUUAUGCUUGGGGAGUUCCAGGCUCAAAGUCGACUGUGGCACAGUUGGCGGGAGAAGCUGUCAAGGAUUUCGCCGUUGAUGAGGGAGUCCCUUAUGCGGAGCUGUGGAUGAGUACUCACCCCAAAGGUCCAGCAAGCUUUUGGGAGGAUAAAACAGCUCUGUCCGAGCACAUCAAGAAUACGGAUGGAUCCGAUCUUGGCAAGAAUGUCUUGGAGAAAUUCGGCAAGAAACUUCCCUUCCUCCUGAAAGUUCUAUCUGUUAAUAAAGCUCUCUCUAUUCAAGCUCACCCAAAUAAGUCCCUUGCAGAAAUUCUCCACGCUAAGGACCCAGCUCAUUAUCCUGAUGACAAUCACAAGCCAGAAAUGUGCGUUGCUCUGACCGACUUUAACGGGCUCUGUGGGUUUCGACCCGCUCGGGAGACAGUUGGCUUCUUGAACUCGGUUCCAGAACUAGCGAUUUUGCUCGGAGAAAAGGCAGGACAAAUGAUUGCAGCAAAAGAUGACCCUGUUGAGUACCCAAAAGCCCUCAAAUCUGGUUUUGCCGCGCUUAUGAAUCUUCCAAAAGAACUGAUUUCCGCUCAAGUCGCAAAGCUCGUCGCUAGAAUCAAUUCAACAAAGCCAGACGAUGUGGAAGCAGAUCUUGUUCUCCGUCUCAACUCAGACUUCCCCGGCGAUGUGGGCAUUUUUGUCGCGUAUUUUCUCAACUACAUCAAAGUUGCAAAAGGAGAAGCGAUGUUUUUGAAAGCCAACUUGCCACAUGCUUAUUUGUCGGGCGACUGUGUCGAGUGCAUGGCUUGUUCUGACAAUGUCGUGCGCGCCGGGCUCACUCCAAAGUUCAUGGAUGUCGAUACACUUGUGGAUAUGCUCGAGUACUCUCCAAACGAAGCCGAUUCGUUCAAGUUCAAAGCUGAAUCUGACGAUGGUCAAGUCAAGGUCUUUAAUCCCGACAUUCCGGACUUUUCCCUCGAAGCAACUUCGCUGAAAGAAGCUGGAAAACGAGCCCUUCCAGGAACCGGUUUCAUUUUUCCAUCUCUUUUGCAAAAUUAUUGCUAA